GACAGUUCACCUUCAGGACAGUUAGAGAGAGAAACGGAUUGUGAAACGAGCACUGAGGGUUCUCUACAAUCUGCCAUGGCACUCACUGCAUUGCUGUUCAGUCUGUUUGUUCUACUUCAACAAGUUAAUGGCUCCAUAGAUCUCCAUAUCCUACAAUCAGAGAAUGUCCCCACUCUGCACUGUAACCAAUUGUCUGAUGAUGAAGACACUGGAGCCUUGUGCUGGAUCAGUGACCUCAGUUCAGAAUUUCAGGAAAUGACGUGUAGCAAAACAAUGGAUAACAAUGGGGAUUAUGAAGAAAACAGACAUAAGAAAAGUAAACAGCAUCACAGACAAUGCACAACGACCAAAGAUGAAAAGGAGUCUAAUUCGCUGACAUUCAAUGUGAAGCCAGAUAACUCAACAGUAUUUACCUGCACUGUUCUGAAUUCCACAGGAGGAGCCUCAUCGAUCUGUCCAUCCUGGAUCACACUCACAGGACCUAGAUGUGAAGACUACCACCUGAACUUGGUGGUAAAGCUGAAUGAAACUGAUGAAAUAUUUUCUACUGACGAAAGCCCCUCAUCAUUGACAGCGCCAAAGGGACACAAUGUGACUUUACCCUGCCAAUUUGAACUUGACAACGCUUUGCCCUUCACUCUGCUUUGGUUCACAUCUGGAAAUAUUAACAAGUGUCUGUCCUCUGUUCACAUUGAGGGAUAUGAAUUUCAUUUUAACACCCGCUGCUGUGUGGAUGGCAAGUCAGCACAAAGAAUCUUUAACCACAGCUCAUCUAAUCCUACUGGUAAAAUACAGUUCCACAACCUUACCAUUCAGUCAGUGGAGGUGAUGGACACGGGCAGGUAUCUCUGUGUUAUACACGGUGUGACGAAAGGGAAACCUAUCUGGAAGAUUGCAGCAAACAUCUCCCUCACUGUGACAGAGUCGAGUGUGGAAUCUACUCACAGCCCCACCUCAACAUCUGGAAUAUCCCAGGGCACCAGUGAUGGGACUCCCACAAACAGGAAACAACCAAUCAUCACAAUCGUAGCUGUAGUAUGUGUGGUCAUACCAAUUUGCAUUGUUGGGGUUUACUUAAUCAGAAGAAAACAACAAAUGGCCAAAGGUGUUGCAUACGCAGUGGUUCCCAGAAGGGAAAAUUCGGAUGAAAAUGAAAUUGUUGCCUACGCAGUGACAGAGGUUCCAGCACCACCAAGCCAGUCAAAGCCUGACAAAGGGAAGGAGAAAAUCCACACAACCUCUGCUUCCACAGAGCAUGUGUAUUGUUUGAUCAAAGAGCCAGCAGUUAAAGGAGCUAGAGACAAGACUGAAAUUCAGGAAGUGGAAAGCAAAGAUGACAGGAACCAUGGGGCCUCUGCACCCAUCGAACUCAACAACUGGUCACUGCUCAACCAAGGAGAUCCAAUGGCUUUACCGACUGACCCGACGUACUCUUUGAUUGGCAGCCCAGGGGAAGAGAGUCUCAGACAUCCAGUACCACAAUCUGACAUGAAGGCAAAUGACCCAAAUCAUGGCCUGUUAAAAAUGGAGGAAAAUCCGAUUUAUUCUAAAUAGAGGAAACCAUGCCACAGUUGACUAACUGGAGAAUUUCAUGUUUAAAUUCAUAGUGGUGCAUGUUUUUCACAAAUAUUUAAAUAUCUUAGACUUAUCAUAUUCAGGAACAGGUAGUGAAUAUUUUCCCACAGCAGGUACCUGAAAGGGGAGGACUGUUGCUGUGUGGUGGGAUGGAUGCAAUUAGCUAUUGCUGCACCAUUUCUCCUGGCUCAUAUUAUGGGUAUAAGAGAAAUCCGAUAUCAAGAUAAAGUUUUUGUGAUCAAAUUGUCAGCACCUCUGGGCUGACCCACAAUCAGACUUUAGAGGUCCAUCUGGCAGAGUCUAGUAGUAAAGGGUCUAACACUUAUUGUACGACGUAAGUAGAAGAUUGGCUUUACUCUGAACCUUGCCAUAGUCUGGGAAGUGAGCUCCGAAAUGAUUAUAUCCUGUCCCCUCCCUUGAGUUGCUCCAUCCUCUUGUGAUUGAUGUUCUGUGCUUGUUGUGAUGACUAGAACUCACAAACUGGGACUGAAACUAGGGUCAGGAAUUUUCCUCUUUCCUUCCUGGAGGCUGGGAAGCCAGAUAAUGGAUAUACCCACCAACUCCAAAAUGAUGAGGCCGCCUGGAGUGCCGGAUUAAUGAUCACUUUAGGAACCUAAUUCCAUAUGAAAUACCAUUACUUCAGCUCCAGGCAAGGUGAUUCUGAGAUUGUUGAGCUGACUGGUGAACAGGUCCAGGAAGGUCAGCUUGUUGAGGUGGGUUGACAGGGGAAACAGUCCUUGAUUUGUGCAGGUCCAAGGGGCUCAACCCAGGGUGCUUGACUCUUGACUGCUGAGCCUCCUCACUGCCCUCUCUGGUGACCCACCUCUUCCCAUGAACUCCAACCCCAUAGAGCCCCCUUCCCCCCAACCCUCCCCUGCACAAAUAACACAUCUCGCUCAUUCUGUUCCUCCACCUGAGGGUCCAGCAGAAACCACUGUCCCAGCGUCUGCUGGGACUCCCUGCUUCAGCUUUGUAAUUUUAGUAGAUAACCAAUCAGAAGCUUGAUUGAUGUGUGACCUGUGAGUCUUUCUGAACGAAAUAGGCUGUGGGUGAACCCUUAUGUUUCAACUCACCAUCCACCUGACUCAGCUUAAUUGGCCAAAUGUAGUUUGUGGUGCAGCAAGAUCCAAUUUUUAGCCUCCGUUGUCAGGAACGAGGGGACCCAGAGCUGGUGCAGAGUAGGUUUGACACAAAGCCAAUUCUACUCAGCACAAGCCGUAUUAACACUUAGCACAGUGCACGCUAAAACAUGCAGAUAAAAAAAACCUGAAGAUACAGGAGUUCUGAAACAAAGAAAAACAGAAACAAUGAUGUUCAGAGUGGUUUACCUUCAUCACCUGACCUUUCUAUGACAGUAAUCCUUUGUUGAUGCUAGCUUUAACACCAUAUCCUUUCACCUUUCCAUCUGAGACUGUCUAGAUCUCUAGAGUGUAGUCUUUUCUGUCUUGUAACAUCGAGUUGUGAAAGAUGCUCCGCCCAGCUUUGCCUGACCCUCAGGCUAACACAGCACCUCAUUCACUGUGGGAGUGACAGAGAGGGAGCCUGUAAUGAAGGCUGGUCCAUGAAAUGGGUAAUCAUCCUGAUAUUGCUGGAGUGCUGUUUAGAAUUAGUAGCGAUGAGCAUGUCUUGUUGAUGCCUGAGGAAUGUGGAGCAUGAGUUUAGAGAUUCACGCGAAACUUCACAGGCUGAAAAUGUGUAUCAGGAAAUUUGAGUGACAAUCGAGUGCACAAUACAGGUUAACAGGGAGAUACUGAGGGAGUGCUGCAGUGUCAAAGGGGCUGUCUUUGGAUGAAACAUUAAAGCUAGGACCCCUCUCAUCUGUCUGUUAGCCUUUAAGUGUGCUUUGGCUUCAGAGUCCUUAUUUCAAGGUCAAUAUUUUACUUGUUAUUAUCACAAUACUAUUCAGAGAAGCUUGCUGUGUGCAGAUUGGCUGCUAUUUCCUCUAUUUUAAAGUUUCUUCACUCACUGUAAUACAUACUGAAACCUUCCGUGGUUAUGAAAGACUCUCUAUGACUGCAAACUGUCUUUCUGUCCAUCCAUCCAUUUUCGGGAAAGGGGCAACAAACAGAAUUCAAAUGGAAACUGACCCCUGCCGGGGCAAGUGUGUUUUCAUCAACUGUAGCAUAGAAUCUGUUUGAAGAGAUCGACCUCACUAACACAGGAUGGAUCUGGAGGAUCCCACAGAGGGACAAAAGUAUCCAUUACACAUCCAGGGCUGAAAUUGAUCUUUACCAAAUGGACUUUGAUUGGAAUGGAAAUUUGGCACAGCCUGAAACUGGCCACUGAUUAACUGUGAGCUUCACGCAACUGACAAAGACCAAUUUAAUUUCCACCAUACCCAUACCGGGGACUCUGGAACAAGGCAUGCUGCUGUGUGAUAUGCAA